AAAGAGAGAGAACUUUGUUGAGCUAAACCCUAGCUCCGAGCCUCUGAGAAGAAAUGGGGAUUUAAUCCCGUAUCUUCUUAGGGUUUUGCAUAGUACUCGAUCAUGGAUUAUUCUGAUGAUGAUGGCAUGCUCGAUAAUGAAUCAGGUGAAGAUAAUUUAUACAGUGACGAUGCGGCCGACAGCAAUCCUGGUUUUGCCGAGGAAGACAUGGACAAGGAUUCCACAUUUCAGCUAAGUUACGUAGUUCUCAACGAAGAAGACAUUCGCAAGCAUCAAAGGAACGAUAUCGAACAAGUUUCUACUGUUCUCUCUAUAAGCCAAGUCGAAGCGAUCGUUUUGCUUCUUCACUACCAGUGGGGUGCUAGUAGAAUUGAAGAUGAAUGGUUUACCGAUGAAGAAAAAGUCCGUGAAAGCGUAGGUUUAUUGAAGGAGCCAGUUGUUGAUCUUAACGACAAAGUGAACAUUGAAUGUGGGAUUUGCUUUGAUUCAUUUCUUCAGAAGGAUAUUGCAACGGUUUCUUGUGGUCAUCCUUAUUGCAAGACUUGUUGGACUGGUUACAUCACUUCGAAAAUUAACGAUGGCCCGGGAUGUUUGACGGUUCAAUGUCCUGAGCCGUCUUGUUCUGCUGUGGUUGGUCAAGAUAUGAUCAAUAGUGUUGUAACCAAGGAAGAGGAUAAGGAGAAGUAUUACAGAUAUUUUCUUAGGUCUUAUAUCGAAUCGAGCCAGAAGAAGAUAAAAUGGUGCCCGUCGCCUGGAUGCGAAUACGCUGUUGAUUUUGGAGGUGAAAGUGAAAACUAUGAUGUUUCUUGUCUGUGUUCGUAUGAAUUUUGCUGGAACUGCUGUGAAGAUGCUCACCGCCCUGUGGACUGCCACACAGUGGCGAAAUGGAUAUUCAAGAACAAUGAUGAAUCCGAGAACACGACUUGGAUACUUGCCAAUACAAAGCCUUGUCCUAGUUGCAAACGUCAGAUCGAGAAGAACCAAGGAUGCAACCAUAUGAGAUGCUCCAUUUGCAAACAUAGAUUCUGUUGGGCUUGUCUGGAUCCACUGAAUAAUCACAAGUCUUGCCACAACUUUAGGGGUGAGACUGCAGUUAAGCGAGAAAUGGCGAAAAAGGCAAUCGAUAGAUACAUGCAUUAUUACGAAAGAUGGGUGGGCAAUCAAUCUUCGAGGGUAAUGGCUAUGGCAGAUUUGAAGAAAUUGCAAUCGGUGCAGCUUGUGAAACUUAGUGUCAAACAUGGCAUACCGGAAACUCAGCUCCAAUUCACCGUAGAGGCAUGGCUUCAGAUCAUCGAGUGCAGAAGGGUCUUGAAAUGGACAUAUGCAUAUGGGUACUACCUUCCUGAGCAGGAAAGUACCAAGAAACGAUUUUUCGAGUAUUUACAAGGAGAAGCUGAAGUUGGUUUGGAGAGGCUACAUCAUUGUGCAGAGUUGGAGUUCCAAGAGCUCGUCAAGGAAACUGAAGAUUUCUCUAAAAAAUUCGAAGAUUUCAGGAGGAAGUUAAUUGGUUUGACUAAAGUAACCAAAACAUAUUUCGAAAAUCUUGUGAAAACUUUGGAGAAUGGUCUUGCUGAUGUGGAACCCAAUGAGACCAAAUCGGCAACAGACUCUAAUAAAAGACAAAAGUUGGUAUAAUGGUAUUAAAAAGAUCCAAGUGAUUACUGAGAUCUCUUGGUUCAUGUACUAUCUGUGUUUUAUGUUUUUUUUUGUGUGGCGAGGAUGUAGA